GAAAGUCUACAGGCUGGUGCCCCAGGACUCGCUGGUCAGGAAAGCCCUGCAGGAUAUGAGUGUUAGGCCUGAGGCCUGGCCCUUGGCAGCUUGGGAGGUGGCCGGGGCUGCUUUUGCCCUUGCCAGAGACCGCUCCAACUGAGGACCUCUCUAACGGGCCCAUCCACAGUCCUUCCUUCCCCUAGUGUCUGGGAAGACAGGCACGAUGACGGACUCCCCAUUCCUGGAGCUGUGGCAGUCCAAGGCGGUGUCCAUCAGGGAGCAGCUGGGCCUCGGGGACCGGCCCAACGACUCCUAUUGCUACAACUCGGCCAAAAACAGCACCGUGCUCCAGGGGGUCACCUUUGGUGGCAUCCCCACUGUCCUGCUCAUAGAUGUCAGCUGCUUCCUGUUCUUAAUCUUGGUGUUUUCUAUUAUAAGAAGAAGAUUCUGGGACUAUGGCCGCAUUGCCCUGGUGUCAGAAGCAGACAGCGAGUCCAGAUUUCAGAGAUUGUCAUCGACUUCCUCCUCAGGUCAACAAGACUUUGAAAAUGAGCUGGGAUGCUGUCCCUGGCUGACUGCCAUCUUCCGCCUGCAUGAUGACCAGAUCCUGGAAUGGUGUGGGGAGGACGCCAUCCACUACCUGUCCUUCCAGAGGCACAUCAUCUUCCUGCUGGUGGUGGUCAGCAUUUUGUCCCUGUGUGUCAUCCUGCCCGUCAACCUCUCAGGGGACUUGCUGGACAAAGACCCCUACAGUUUUGGGAGGACGACAAUAGCAAACCUACAGACUGACAAUGACCUCCUUUGGCUGCACACCAUCUUUGCCGUCAUUUACCUCUUCCUCACCGUGGGUUUCAUGCGGCACCACACUCAGUCCAUUAAGUACAAAGAGGAGAACCUGGUGAGGCGGACCUUGUUCAUCACAGGACUCCCCAGAGAUGCCAGGAAGGAGACUGUGGAGAGCCACUUCCGGGACGCGUAUCCCACGUGUGAGGUGGUUGAUGUCCAGCUGUGCUACAACGUGGCCAAACUGAUCUACCUGUGCAAGGAGAGAAAGAAGACUGAGAAGAGCCUGACCUAUUACACAAACCUGCAGGUGAAGACAGGCCAGCGGACCCUCAUCAACCCCAAGCCCUGUGGCCAGUUUUGCUGCUGCGAAGUGCAGGGCUGUGAGUGGGAAGACGCCAUCUCUUACUACACACGGAUGAAGGAUAGGCUGCUGGAGAGGAUCACAGAGGAAGAACGCCACGUCCAGGACCAGCCCCUGGGAAUGGCCUUCGUCACCUUCCAGGAGAAGUCCAUGGCCACCUACAUCCUGAAAGAUUUCAACGCCUGCAAGUGUCAGAGCCUUCAGUGCAAAGGUGAGCCCCAGCCGUCCUCCCAUAGCAGGGAGCUCUAUACCUCCAAGUGGACAGUCACCUUUGCCGCUGACCCUGAGGACAUCUGCUGGAAGAACCUCUCUAUCCAGGGCCUCCGCUGGUGGCUACAGUGGCUGGGCAUCAACUUCACCCUCUUCUUGGGGCUGUUUUUCCUGACUACACCCUCCAUCAUCCUGUCCACCAUGGACAAGUUUAAUGUCACCAAACCCAUCCACGCGCUGAAUAACCCGAUCAUCAGCCAGUUCUUCCCCACCCUCCUGCUCUGGUCCUUCUCGGCCCUGCUGCCCUCCAUUGUCUACUACUCUACACUGCUGGAGUCUCACUGGACCAAGUCGGGGGAAAACCAGAUCAUGAUGACCAAAGUCUACAUAUUCUUGAUCUUCAUGGUGCUGAUCCUGCCCUCCCUGGGUCUCACCAGUCUAGAUUUUUUCUUCCGGUGGCUCUUUGACAAAACUUCCUCGGAGGCCUCCAUCAGGUUGGAGUGCGUCUUCCUGCCUGACCAGGGCGCCUUCUUUGUGAACUAUGUCAUCGCCUCGGCCUUCAUCGGCAACGGCAUGGAGCUGCUGCGGCUGCCAGGCCUCAUCCUCUAUACCUUCCGCAUGAUCAUGGCCAAGACGGCUGCCGACCGCAGGAAUGUCAAGCAGAACCAGGCCUUCCAGUACGAGUUUGGAGCCAUGUAUGCGUGGACGCUGUGUGUCUUCACUGUCAUCAUGGCCUACAGCAUCACUUGUCCCAUCAUCGCGCCAUUUGGCCUCAUCUACAUCCUGCUCAAGCACAUGGUGGACCGGCACAACCUCUACUUCAUCUACCUCCCAGCCAAGCUGGAGAAGGGGAUCCACUUUGCCGCUGUGAACCAAGCCUUGGCAGCCCCCAUCCUCUGCCUCUUCUGGCUCUACUUCUUUUCCUUCCUGCGCCUGGGUAUGAAGGCCCCCGCCACUCUGUUCACCUUCCUGGUGGUGCUGCUCACCAUCCUGGUCUGCCUGGCUCACACCUGCUUUGGAUGCUUCAAGCACCUCAGCCCUCUGAACUACAAAACAGAAGAGCCUGCAAGUGACAAAGGAAGUGAGGCAGAGGCCCACAUUCCCCCACCGUUCACACCCUACGUGCCUCGGAUUCUGAACGGCUUGGCCUCGGAGAGGACAGCACUGUCUCCGCAGCAGCAGCAGACCUAUGGUGCCAUCCACAACAUCAGUGGGACUAUCCCUGGACAGUGCUUGGUGCAGAGUACCACGGGCAGUGUGGCUGCUGCCUCCCAGGAGGCCUGAGGCCGGGUCUCACUGCUCUGAAAGGACACAACCAGAAUGGCCUGGGGCUCAGGCCCUUGGCUGAGUGGGAAUGUGUUGGGACUGCCCAGCUGAGCCAUCAGGUGCCCAUCUUUUCUGGUCCCAGCAGUGGUGAGGGGAGCACAGGCAGGCCUCGACCCUCCCUUGCUCGCCCAGUUUCCUCUCCGGCACAAGCUUCCAGCUCUGCAGCUGGGGUGACAUCCCCAGUGGUUUGUCGCCAAGACCAUGUGGUGGACUUUUUGCCCCCCAAACUGAUGAGUCCGGGAGAAUAUAUGGAGAGAGAGAGAUGUAACAAGGGGAAGGCCUCCUCCCUUCUGAGCACACACACAACCGAUAACCAAAGAGACGCUGCAGUCCAGGUCUGAGGUCCGGCUGGCGUCCAGCUCCCCGCUCCAAGGCCAGUCCCUCCCCAGCCCGGCAGCCCCUCCAGGCUGCACCCAGGAGUGAGCUUUGGGGAGCAGGUUGGGAGGUGGCCAGUGCUCCUGCCAGCUGUGCACACAUCUCUGUAUCCCACUAGAGUUCUGUGGUUUUGUAUCAUGUUGUCAGGGACACUGGCUGGGUCAGGGUUACCCCAUAGCAGGCAGGGACAGGGACCACUCAUAAUAUGCCCAUUGGACCACAGUUAAGAUCCAGCCUCUCCCACCUCUUCAGGGCUGAGUGCAUGAGUCUGCAUCUCCAGGCAGGCUCUGUGCAGUACUCACCACCCUCCGUCUGCUCCCUCCAAGGUGUGGGAUGGGCAGUGCUCAGGGCCUCCUUGGAGCCAAAGGACAGCAUGGUCGGCACAGAGGAAGGGGUACCUGGGCUGGGUGCAGGGCCAUCCCAUUGCCCUUGAGCUGUGGCUCUGGCAGGAAGGAGGGGCUGUCCCUCUUCUCCCUCCUGGGGAUUCUGGGGAAUCCAUGCAACUCAAGACUUCUCCCUGAGAAGCCUCCUCCCUGCUGCCUCCAGGGGGCACCAAGGCACAAGCCUGUGCAGUUGGGGCAGGACGGGGGUGCGGAAGAGCAGGUCCAGGCUCCUUCCAGCACAACUGGGCCGGGGCCUUGGCACCUCUGCAGGCCCUGCCUGUGCCUGUCUGCUGGCCUGGUGGGCCUGGGCUUUCUGGGCCUUCUCGCUCAGGGACCCUCUUGACGCUGACUUGCCCCCGCAGUGGCGGCCAGUGCUGCCUCUGCUCCAAGCUGCCCCUGCGCUGGGAGGGGUGGGGGCGGUGCCAUUGGUCUGGUGCAGCCUAGCCCUGGCCAGUGGCCUCAUCCCCAGCAGUCCUCCCAUGCCUCUGCCAGCAAGGAGGGGCCGGCCAGCUCUGCUUGGACAGGGGGCCCCAUGUGGGAUCAGCGCACGCUCAUGUCACUGGGUUCCAGCCGCUGUUAGAAGUCAAGUCAUUUAUCA